CCCUUCGACGUGCGAGUGCGACCCCACGAAUUCCAAAAUCCAAAUGCCUCCAUUAUCGCUCUCCUCGACCCUCUUGCUCCUUCUCGCCGUGUUAUUGUCGUCCUCCUAUUGCGCCACCGCCGCCGCUGCAGAGAAACAUGGCGCCGCAUCUGGCAUGCCGAGCUUCCGCGAGGCGCCACAAUUCUACAACGCCCCCUCGUGCCCACCGCCUCUGCCGGCGGGGCCUGGAGCCGCCUGCUCCCCCAACGCGCUGGUACACGUUGCCAUGACCCUCGACGUGGCUUACCUCCGCGGCUCCAUGGCGGCCGUCCUCUCCGUCCUCCGGCACACCGGCUGCCCGCAGUCUGUCUUCUUCCACUUCGUGGCCUCCUCCGCAGCGGAUUACCUCCGCGCCACCGUCGCUGGAUCCUUCCCCUCCCUCGGCUUCCAGAUCUAUCCCUUCGCCGACGAGCCCCGUGUCGCGGGUCUAAUCUCCACCUCCAUCCGGGCCGCGCUCGACCGGCCCCUCAACUACGCGCGCUCCUACCUCGCCCGCGUCCUCCCGGAGUGCGCCCGCCGCGUUGUCUACCUCGAUUCUGAUCUCGUCCUCGUCGACGACGUCGCCAGCCUCGCUUCCAUCCCGCUCCCCGAUGGCGUCGCGCUCGCCGCCCCGGAGUACUGCAACGCCAACUUCACGUCCUACUUCACAGCCACCUUCUGGGCCAACCCGGCGCUCUCCGUGGUUUUCGAGGGGCGGCAGGCCUGCUACUUCAACACCGGCGUCAUGGUCAUGGAGCUCGGCCGGUGGCGAGACGGCGGGUACACGGAGCAAAUCGAGGAAUGGAUGGAGCUCCAGAAACGGAUGCGGAUCUACGAGCUGGGUUCGCUGCCACCUUUCCUUCUCGUCUUCGCGGGUCGGAUCGCGGCUGUGGAACACCGAUGGAACCAGCACGGCCUUGGCGGCGACAACUACCGCGGGCUGUGCCGCGACCUCCACCUGGGCCCGGUCAGCUUGCUGCAUUGGAGCGGCAAGGGGAAGCCUUGGGCGCGCCUCGACGCCGGGCGACCGUGCCCGUUGGACGCCCUCUGGGCGCCGUAUGACCUCCUCCUCCGCGCCCCCUUCGCCAUCGACGACUCCUGAUCCGACCCGAAUCCAUCCCCGUCGACCGACCCCACCCGGAACACACACACACACACACAUCACCAUCUUAAUUUUCUUGUAUCUUUUCUUCUUCUCCUCUGAAAGCACAAAGAUUUUGCUGGUCAAAUGUAGAAGAACAAUAUGAUAUACUUAUAAUGUGUGGUUGAAAGGGGUGUAGGUAAGUAAGGUGGAUCUUAAUGAACAAAAUAAUUGUGAGUUAAA